AUGGAGAUCCCAAAACAUGUGCCUGCCACCUUAAAGCACCUAGACCUCCAAAAAGAUGGGAAAACGAUUGGUGUACUUAACAAAAUUAUCAAUGACACCUUGGAUGUCAUGGAGUCCUUGAUUGAGUUGAACAAGCGAUUUAUUAACAACGAUAUAAAACCAACAUAUUUUUCGUCUGACAUGGACGAUAUCCGGGAGGGUGUCAAUCAGAUUAUCAUUACUCUUGUAGCUUGCACAACUCAGAUUUGUUGUCUCACUAGCAAUGAGGACAAGACACCAGAUUUAUUGCCCUUGGCCCAUACAAUCAGUGUCACCCUCAAGGCAGUAAAGAGCAGAUGCCAAAUUGAAACAGAGGAAAAGAAGGAAGAAACGAAACUGAAGAAACUUUUACAAAAACCUGACGAAAUCAAGGAGCUUUUGAAGGGGCUGAUUUUCGCCAGGGAUGAUGUGCAGCCUCUUAUUGACGGUUCUACCAAUGAAAUGGUUAGCAUAGAAGUGUUGAAAAUGAAGAAUGUUCUAUUGUUCAUUUCAAGCCUAGAAAUCUCCAAUGAUGAUAUCUCGAUUUUAAUGCCAAUUUAUGAUGGAAUAAGAAAGAUAGGGGACCAAUAUAAAAUUGUAUGGAUUCCAAUUGUUGAGCAGUGGACCGAUGACCUACGAAAGAAGUUUGAGAUAUUGCGAUCUAAGAUGCCUUGGUACAUAGUGCAAUACUUUUCACCAAUAGUCGGCAUCAAGUUCAUUAAAGAAGAGUGGCAUUUUGAGAAGAAUAAGUCUCUUGUUGUAGUGAUGAACCCACAAGGGGAUGUGAAAAACAAAAAUGCACUAGACAUAAUUCGGCAACAUGGAAUGACGUUCUUCCCUUUCAAUCGACAUCAAGUGGCAAAAGUUAGACCAGCUAUUAGCUCAUGUGGGAUGUGCAUGAGACCACCUGGACCUCACGCGAUCGAAGAGUUCACUUUUCUUUAUGGAGGCAAGGACACUAGAUGGAUUGAACAAUUUUCAAAGAAAGUAAAUGUUGUUGCCGAGGAUCCAAUCAUAAAGGAAGCAUACAUUUCCAUAGAAUUGGCUUGCAUUGGAGACGGCUGCAAACAAAAGCCUUUUUGGAAACGCUUUGGGACUCAGGAGAAGACUAAAUUUGACCUUGGGAACCAGGAAAUUCAAAAGUUAUUGCUUUCCUUCAAGAGCGAGAGUAGAUGGGCAGUGUUGACAAAAUGGUCUACAAAGGUAGUUAGUGAUCAUGGGACGACAAUUCUGAAGGUCGUGGAAAUGUUUGGAGAGUGGAAGGAAGGAUCCUUCUGGGAUUCAGUUCUUAGUGAUGAUAUAGAUUGUCUUUAUUCGGAUGAGGAUACUACUCAUGGUUAUGGGGACAUUGAUGAGGGGGUUGGAAAUACUAAAGAGGAUGUUGAAGAGGUAGAGGUAAAAGGGGAUGUUGAGGAUGUUGCUGGAAAUACUGGGGAGGGUGAUGCAGAUGGAAAUGAUGGAGAACAUAAAGGUAGGGAAGAAAGGGAAGGCAGUUUAGACAUGGAUGAUAGUGAUAAGCUAAGGUCACCACAUUCUUGUGGCGAUGAUAGUGCAGUGCACUCAACCCGUAAGGAUGUAACUAAAAGGGUGCAGUUUGAUUCUACUGAUAUCAAUAAUCCAACAUUGAUUAAAGUGAAUAUAUUUCACAAUGCAGUUGAAUAUAGAAAAGUCAUGAGACAAUACAAUAUUAUGAAAGGGGAGGAUUUGAAAUUCAAGAGAAAUGAAAAUAUAAGGAUUGCAAUUGUUUGCAAAGAUUCAAGGUGCAAGUAUAGGGUAUAUGGGAGGUAG